AAAAAUCUCCUCCUCCUCCUCCACCUCCUCCACCUCCAUCUCCACCUCCGCCUCCGCGUCUCGCUGUAUUAGAGAAGCUUUCAGUUUUAAUAAAAAUGGCGGGUGGUGCAAUUGUGAAUACAGGAGGAGGGAAGGAGUACCCUGGGAAGAUGACACUCUUUGUCUUCCUUUCUUGCCUUGUAGCCUCUAGUGGUGGCCUCAUCUUUGGCUACGAUAUUGGGAUUUCCGGUGGAGUGACAUCGAUGGAACCAUUCUUGGCGAAGUUCUUCCCCUCAGUACUCGAGAAGGAGAAGGAGGCAGUGAGCAACAACCAGUACUGCAAGUUUGAUAGCCCGCUCCUGACAGCAUUCACAUCUUCCCUCUAUCUGGCGGCUUUGGUUGCAUCAUUACUUGCAUCUACAGUCACAAGGGUGUUUGGAAGGAAGUGGUCAAUGUUUGGCGGUGGGAUCACCUUCCUUGCAGGUUCUGCCAUCAAUGGUGCAGCUGAGAAUGUCCUCAUGCUCAUCCUUGGUCGCAUUUUACUUGGUAUUGGAGUAGGAUUUGCCAAUCAGUCGGUACCACUCUACCUCUCUGAAAUGGCCCCAGCCAAGCUACGUGGGAUGCUUAACAUUGGCUUUCAGCUUAUGAUCACCAUUGGCAUCCUGGCUGCUAAUUUCAUUAAUUAUGGAACGAAUCAAAUCAGUGGAGGAUGGGGGUGGCGGGUCAGCCUUGCCCUCGCAGCCGUCCCUGCUGCCAUCAUCACCUUCGGCUCACUGGUCCUUCCUGACACCCCCAACUCCCUUGUGGAGCGAGGGCACAGUGACCAUGCAAAAGUCAUGCUCAGAAGGAUUCGUGGAACUGAUGAGAUCCAAUGCGAGUAUGAGGAUAUUGUGGCUGCCAGUGAAGAGGCCAAGGCCGUGCAGCACCCUUGGUCCAACAUAAUAAAGAGGAAGUACAGGCCUCAGCUCACCAUGGCCAUCUUGAUCCCCUUCUUCCAGCAGUUGACCGGAAUCAACGUUAUCAUGUUCUAUGCCCCGGUGCUAUUCAAAACAAUUGGAUUCGGCGACGAUGCCUCCCUUAUGUCCGCUGUGAUCAGCGGUCUCGUUAAUGUGGUUGCAACAUUUGUCUCCAUUGCAACUGUUGAUAAGUUUGGUCGAAGGAUACUCUUCCUGGAAGGCGGCACGCAAAUGUUCAUAAGCCAGAUAAUUGUGGGGACUUUGAUUGGCAUCAAGUUUGGGACCACUGGAGAAGCAACACUAUCCAAAGAAUAUGCAUUCUUUGUGGUGCUUUUUGUCUGCGUCUUCGUAGCUGCCUUUGCAUGGUCAUGGGGCCCAAUGGGGUGGCUGGUUCCUAGUGAGAUUUUCCCUCUGGAGAUCCGUUCAGCAGGUCAAGCCAUCAAUGUUUCUGUCAACAUGUUCUUUACCUUCGUCAUUGGCCAAUUCUUCCUCACGUUGCUUUGCCACAUGAAAUUUGGUCUCUUCUACUUCUUUGCUGGGUGGCAGCUGGUGAUGACAAUUUUCAUUGCCCUAUUUCUUCCUGAGACCAAGAAUGUGCCCAUUGAAGAGAUGGUCCAUGUCUGGAAGAAGCAUUGGUUCUGGGGCAAGUUCAUUGCUGAGGGGGACAUUCAUGGCGGAAAGGUGGACAAUGGUGUGUGAUGCAUGCAUGUGAGAUGUGAUAAAUGUGAGAGUGAUCAAUUCAGAAUGAGCUUUGAAUAUAAUGAUGAGAUUUGAUCACCAAGGCCCUUGUUUGUUCCCAAAUAAUGUACUUCAAUACCAAUUUCCGCAAGAAAAUGGGCAAAUCUCAAUAUCGCAUUAUAUAAAAUAUAUGUAAUUCCUGGAUAGGUCGCAUACUUGCU